AUGGAUUCGUCUGAAUUGCUUAAGAUUCUUGAUAAUCCCGAACUCUUCGAAAAGAACCACAAACAAGUACGUGAGCAACUUUCUAUCUAUUUAAAGAGCCAAGAACUGUUGGUGUGUGACUUGCGUAAUGACCUUGAAACUUCCAAACAUGCCAAUAAGGCCUUCAAGAAGGCUUUGUCUGAAAUCGGUACAGUUGUUAUUUCUGUGGCCAUGGGAGACUUAUCCAAGAAGGUGGAAAUCCACACAGUUGAAUCCGACCCCGAAAUCUUAAAGGUCAAAAUAACCAUUAAUACUAUGAUGGACCAGUUACAAACAUUUGCUAACGAGGUAACUAAAGUAGCCACAGAAGUUGCCAGUGGAAAAUUGGGAGGCCAGGCCAAAAAUGAAGGUUCGGUUGGAAUCUGGAGAUCCUUAACUGAUAAUGUGAAUAUUAUGGCUCUCAACUUGACCAACCAAGUGAGAGAAAUUGCUGAUGUUACUAGAGCAGUCGCUCGAGGUGAUUUGUCAAGGAAAAUUAACGUACAUGCUCAAGGUGAAAUCUUACAGUUGCAAAUGACUAUCAAUACAAUGGUUGACCAGUUGCGGAAGUUUGCUUUCGAAGUAGCUAAAGUUGCUAGAGAUGUGGGAGUUUUGGGUAUUUUGGGAGGUCAAGCAUUUAUUGAUAAGCUCGAAGGUAUUUGGAAGGAACUAACUGAUAAUGUGAACGCUAUGGCCUUGAACUUAACUACUCAGGUGAGAAAUAUUGCUAAUGUUACUACUGCUGUUGCUAAGGGAGACCUUUCCAAAAAGGUGACUGCUGACUGUAAAGGUGAAAUCUUGGACUUGAAAUUGACUAUCAAUCAGAUGGUGGAUAGAUUGCAGAAUUUUGCAACAGAGGUCACCACUUUGUCUAGAGAAGUCGGGACUUUGGGUAUUCUAGGUGGUCAAGCUAAUGUUCAAGAUGUUGAAGGAGCUUGGAAAGCCGUCACAGAGAAUGUCAAUCUAAUGGCUACUAAUUUGACAAACCAAGUGAGAUCCAUUGCUACAGUCACCACAGCUGUGGCCCAUGGUGAUUUGUCUCAGAAGAUUGGUGUCCAUGCCCAAGGUGAAAUAUUGCAGUUGAAGAAUACUAUCAAUAAAAUGGUGGAUUCCUUGCAAUUGUUCGCUUCAGAAGUGUCGAAGGUUGCAAGGGACGUCGGUAUUAAUGGUAAAUUAGGUAUUCAGGCACAAGUUAGUGAUGUCGAUGGAUUGUGGAAGGAAAUCACCUCCAAUGUGAACACCAUGGCUUCUAAUUUGACGUCACAAGUGAGAGCAUUUGCUCAAAUUACUGCUGCUGCUACAGAUGGUGAUUUCACAAGGUUUAUUACCGUUGAAGCUUCGGGUGAAAUGGAUGCAUUGAAGACAAAGAUUAAUCAGAUGGUGUUAAACUUGAGAGAGUCGAUUCAAAGAAAUACGGCUGCCAGAGAAGCUGCCGAAUUGGCGAACAGUGCUAAGUCUGAGUUUUUGGCUAACAUGUCCCAUGAAAUUAGAACUCCAUUGAAUGGUAUUAUUGGUAUGACACAAUUAUCUUUGGAUACUGAAUUGACUCAAUACCAGAGAGAAAUGGUUUCUAUUGUCCACAACUUAGCCAACUCUUUGUUGACCAUUAUUGAUGAUAUCUUGGAUAUUUCAAAGAUUGAAGCUAAUAGAAUGACUGUCGAGCAAAUAGAUUUCUCGUUGAGAGGAACUGUGUUUGGUGCUUUGAAGACUUUAGCUGUUAAGGCAAUCGAAAAGUCUUUAGACUUGACAUACCAGUGUGACUCUUCUUUCCCCGAUAUUUUGAUUGGUGAUUCCUUCAGAUUAAGACAAGUCAUCUUGAACUUAGCAGGUAAUGCUAUCAAAUUCACCAAAGAGGGUAGGGUUAGUGUUUCGGUGAAGAAGUCAGACAAGAUCGUUGAGGAAACUGACAAGUUGUUGUUGGAAUUUUGUGUUAGUGAUACUGGUAUUGGUAUUGAAAAAGAUAAGUUAGGUUUGAUUUUUGAUACAUUUCGUCAAGCUGAUGGUUCCACUACUAGAAAGUUUGGUGGUACUGGUUUGGGAUUAUCUAUUUCUAAACAGUUAAUCCACUUAAUGGGUGGUGAAAUAUGGGUUACAUCUGAAUACGGUUGUGGUUCUAAUUUCUUCUUUACUGUGAGUGUUUCUCCUUCAGGCAUCAGGUAUACUAGACAAACAGAACAACUUUUACCAUUCAGCAAUCACCAGAUUUUGUUUGUUUCUACUGAACAUUCUGAUAGUGAAUUGGAAGUAGUUGGAAGCAGUCUUAUUGACUUGGGUUUGAGUCCUGUCAUUGUCAGACAAAUCACAGAUGCUAAUUUGACUGAACCGGUCAAUUACGAUAUCAUUGUCAUUGAUUCCAUUGAAAUAGCCAAGAAUUUGAGAUUGCUUCCUGAAGUCAAGUACAUCCCAUUGGUAUUGUUGCAUCAAUCAAUUCCAGACUUGAAUAUGAGAAUCUGUAUUGAUUUGGGUAUUUCUGCCUACGGUAAUACUCCAUGCACCAUUAGCGAUUUAGCAAGCACAAUUUUGCCUGCGUUGGAAUCCAGGUCGAUUUCCCAGAACACCGAUGAGUCUGUGUGCCACAAGAUAUUAUUAGCAGAAGAUAACUUGGUUAACCAAAAGUUGGCAGUGAGAAUUCUUGAAAAACAAGGACAUCGUGUUGAGGUUGUAGAGAAUGGUUUGGAAGCUUACCAAGCCAUUCAAAAGAAGAAGUAUGAUGUUGUAUUAAUGGAUGUACAAAUGCCAGUCAUGGGUGGAUUCGAAGCUACAGAAAAGAUUAGACAAUGGGAAAAGAAGUCUAAUCCUAUCGACUCUUUGAGUUCCAGAACACCAAUCAUCGCAUUAACAGCACACGCUAUGUUGGGAGAUCGUGAAAAGUCUCUUGCCAAGGGUAUGGACGAUUAUGUUUCUAAACCAUUGAAGCCUAAGCUAUUGAUACAAACCAUUAACAAAUGUAUCCACAACACUAGGCAAUUGAAAGAGUUGUCCAAGCAGAAUAACAGCAACCGCACUUCCUCCGCAUUUGCUAAGAACUUGAAGAAUAGUGGAGACUUAUCUCGCAUGAAUUCUAACAACAGCUCAUCUCCCGCUACCACACCAAACGGAUCUCAUCUGAAUGGUCCAGAGCCUAAGAUUGUAGAGAUUUUCAGCUCUAGACCUGGAAGCCCAAAGAAAGCGAACUCAAAUGAUUAUAUGCUCAAUGGUAGACCUGGGCAGUUGCAGGCGAAUAACAGAUCCAGGACAGAAUCUGCCAUAAAUGUUACGUCUAAAAUCUAA